GGGAGCUGUGCAGCCGACCUGUACCGUCACCCACAGCUGGACGCUGACAUCGAGGCUGUAAAAGACAUUUACACGGACAGCGCUGUGUCCGUCAGAGAGUACGGCACCAUCGAUGAUGUGGACAUCGACCUGCAAAUCAACAUCGGCUUCUUGGAUGAGGAGGUGGCGACCGCAUGGAAGGUGAUCCGAACGGAAAAGAUUCUUGUUCACUGCAGUUUUAUUAUGAGUCUCUCUGUUUGAUUGAUUGAUUGAACAGAAACCGUAAUGAAAGACUGUCAAAAUAAAGCUGAAGCUUGUUUUGGUGUUUCUAGGAUCCUCAGUACGUUCACGUCGCAGCAGUGGAAGCACCUCAGUAAUGAGUUCCUCAAAGCCCAGCAGGAGAAGCGACACAGCUGGUUCAAAGCCGGAGGAACCAUCAAGAAAUUCCGUGCAGGACUGAGCAUCUUCUCCCCGAUUCCCAAGUACGUCCUUAUCGUUUGAUAUGAAAACACACGUCAUACACGCUAACAAUCUGAUCGUGGUUGAUGCAUCUGAAAUCGGGCUCAACAGUGAUCGGCUGGAAGUGUUUUCCCAUUCAUUUUCUCCAUAGGGAACUCAAUUCAAUUCAGUAACCAGUUUGAAGCAAUGAACCAAACUUCAGAAUGAUCACAACAUUACAAGCAAAAAAAAAGUAAUACAAUUUAAACAACAAAGGUACACGAUUGCUGCAGCGUCCCCUAUUGACUCACAGUAUAUAAUUACCUAGUUAGGCUCCAUAAAUCCACUGCAGGAUUUAUUGUUUCCAUGGUAACCGCAACUUCUUUGGCUUCGGGAUUAUGGGUAGUGAAGUUCCUCACCUGGGGAACAGGA